UCUUCUUUCAGGGAGAGCAGCUAUCUCUGGCGGUUUGCCGCAUGGUCGCAAAAGACUCAACAUCAUCUAGUUCCGGACUCUUUUUUUUUUCUUUCGUUCAUAGUCACCGCUGCUACACGGACAGAAGCACGAGCACAGCAGACAUCUAACGGAUCUAACGGCAUUCAUCACCGGACCGGACCGGACCCAACCGGAGAGGGUCACUGGAGGCUUCAUUUGGGAUUUCUUACUCAGAUGUAACUGAUAUCAAGAGGGGGCGAGAAGUGUGCGAAUCAGCCCCAGCUUGCCUCCUCACGCACGGGGGACGCUGCUGGACCAGAACGAUGAUGAUCCAGGAGAUGUUGCAGCAGAGUUUCAGACUCUAGACAGCCUUAGAACUUUUCCCCCCGGCCCAGAUUGUAUUUAUAUUCAUUACUCCUUUAUUCUUGUCAUCGUCUGGGACUUAUUUGCUGGUUCCAGAGUAGUACUAGCCCGCUUCACUCUCCUCAUGGAACGUUCAGCAUCUUUGGAUAUAGAAGCGCUGAAGAUGACUCAGGAGCAGUACAUCCUGGCAGCACAGCCCAACUCCCUCCACCAACGAGGGGCGUCAGUGUGCGGAGCCCAGGUGUACCCUGCAGUGGGAAUCUACGGCUGGAGGAAAAGAUGCUUGUACUUCUUCAUCCUCCUUCUCCUUGUCACUAUGAUUGUCAACCUGGCGCUGACCAUCUGGAUACUCAAAGUCAUGAAUUUUACACCGGAUGGAAUGGGCAAUCUGCGAGUGACCAAAGAAGGAUUGAGACUAGAAGGGGUGUCUGAAUUCCUAUUGCCUUUAUACGUGAAAGAGAUUCAAUCACGGAGGGACAGUCCACUAAUCAUGCAGUCUGAUAGAAAUGUGACUAUCAAUGCUCGGAAUGGCGAGGGACAACUGACUGGUCAGCUCACCGUGGGUUCAGAAAUGGUGGACGUCCAGUGUCAGAGGUUUGAGGUGAAGAGCGCAGAUGGAGAGAGAGUUCUUUUCUCUGCAGAUGAAGAGGAGAUCAGCAUCGGUACAGAGAAACUCAGAGUGACAGGUUCUGAAGGGGUGGUAUUUAGCCAUUCGGUACAGACGUCACAUGUGAGAGCAGAACCUUCCCAGGAUUUAAAGCUCGAGUCUCCAACUCGGACCCUAACCCUGGAGGCCCCCCGGGGCGUUGACCUAAAUGCUGGUGUUGGAGACUUCACCGCAUCUUGUCGGAAAGACCUCCUGCUGCAGUCCACAGAAGGAGAGAUCUUUCUAGAUGCAAACACCAUCCGUCUGGGCAACAUUCCACUUGGCAAUGCAGAGGACCCAUUAGAAGGGGCGGCAGCCGGUACCACUUACACCAAACAGACGGGGGUGUAUGAACUGUGUGCCUGCGCGAAUGGCAAGCUGUACCUAUCCCCGGCUGAGAAAGGCUCAACCUGCCGAACGACUAGUAACUUUUGCCUCUGGAGCUGAAAAUGGAUGAUAAACAAAGAGCCAGAACCAAUGGACAAUUGGUGAGAAGCUAAUGCUAGCCAACAGACUGAAUCAAUGUGGAUCAUCACUGGGCAGAAUUGCUAUCAGAGGCCAGCAGACCAGAUCAUCAUGGACUGUAGCAUGGCAAGCAAAUUCAUGUUCUUUAACCAGUCAAAUCAAAUGGAUAAAAGCUUGGCAGGAUGUUCAUAGCACCAGUCAUGGAAUGUGGGUUUUUGUGUUCAACUAGUUUCCAGUUACGAGAACAGAAACAACAGGGAUGAGUGCAUGGAGAAACUCAACCAAAAGCUCCAUCACACAUUAAAGGGAUUGGUCAGUACCAGCUGCUAAGCAACCAGAUGGAUGAAUUUCAUACACAGUAAGUUAGUGUCACAUUAAGGACAUUUACAUUGUGACAACUGUUAUGUUUUCCCAAGUUUAGCAUAAGGGAUCAUUUGACAAAAGCAAAUAUUGAAAGUGAGGUUGGGUGUUCGCUCAAUGACCAAAAAAAAUGGAGAUGACCACAACCUCACUAGCAGGGACUCGGACAAGAACCAUGGCUUAACCUCAGCUGAGUAACCCCCUCUUGGAUUCAUCUAGUGGGAAGCUGGGGGUAGUUACUGGACCAAUCUAUACCGGAAAGGCCUUCCCUCUAUUUCCACCCAAAUGAUGUAAGACACCUCUUGGAUCAGUCACAUAACUGUACCACAACUUAUUACCAAUUGUUCUUCAAUCAUGCAUUCAAUAUGUUUUCUCUGUACAUUGUUUGAUUUUGUCAACUAAAUUGUACUUGUUGACAAUUUACAUCCAAUUAUGUUACCUGGAAAAAAACAUUUAACAUUUCUUCCUUACAUUUUUCCCAUUUUUUUUUCUUUUACAUCUGUCCGAUGGAUGCUUUGUACAGAUGGAAUUAACCAGAUACAGAGCUGUGCUGUUGGGCCAAUCGCCACUUUCUGACAGUUUGCUUUGUUCUGGAUUUAUAUAGGACUGUAGACAGUGGUAGCAAUUGUAAUUUGGUUCUCUGAUGGAGGCUAAAGCAAAAAAAAAAAAACUGUCUUCACAUUACUAGUUUAACACUAUUGCACACAUUUGGUCCAUUGUUUUUAAUAAUUUUAUCAUUCAGCCAACAGUUGAAAGGUGAAAAAAUGUGCAGUUCCACUCCAAAUAUUGCCACUCCCAUUAUAAAAUACAUAAAUAAACCAAUUGUCAACAUUCUCAACUGUUGGCCAAUUUCAGUAGUGAUCAUAAUAUUGUUUUUUUUGUGUUUGUUUUGUUGGUAUAAUGCAAACUAAAAAAAAUUUGCAAGUAAAGAUAAUAAUUUUGAAAGGAACAGUAUACAGUCAAGUUUUUUCGGUUAAAUAUUCAUGAUUUCCCUAUGUCAUUUUCUGGCAUUUUAUUGCGUGUUGCGUGUCUUUGGUCUGUGUCUGCUUGAGUUCAAUGAACCUAAAACAUACCAGAAUUCAACCAUACCGUGACCAUGUCUUCAGUCUGCUGGUUGAGAUUUCUUUUGCACACCAGUAUUCAGCUGACAGCAUCAUAAGCUGAUUGGAGAGGCACCUAUGUAAAUCAUCUUUAAAUGUACUGUAAUUCAUUAGUGACAAACACUGUCUAACGAUUUACAACCAGUCAUCCAAGACAAAACCUGUGACACAUCAUGUGUCAUUUUGCUUUGGUCUGGAACAGAGAACCGAAUUACAAGCCUCCUUGUCGCAUCCAUUGGUACUUUUUAUUGAUUUCAAUUGCAGUUGUACUUCAUAUUAAGCAGUAUCCCAUUUAACAUAACACCAACCACAUAUUUUUAUAUUACUCUUUUGGUCAUCUGAUAUUCAGUUAAUACAAAGGUCAGUAAGACAAAGGUCUUGGGAUGUUUUCCAACCUACUCUGUUACACUAGUUCUACCACUUACUUACUUACCAUGAAUCCUAAUUCUUCAUUUAACAUGAUAUUUGGGACAAUUCGAUACUCAGAACAUUGUGUGGAAAGUUUAGGCAAUAUUCUCUUCUGUUCCUUUAUUGUACUGUUAGAAGAAUUGGGCCAGUCAUCCUUUGGGAUAAACUUGAACAGCCAGCAGGCCCUCAGGUACAACAUCAGCUUCUCAAAUGUUCUCCAGGAUCAAUUGACUAAAAAUCCCACAAUGUUUUACUUUUUCAAAUGACUAGGUGUCCCAAUACAUUUGUCCAUAUAGAUAUUUGGUAAACAUGCCUCAUCCCUGCCCAACAUUUCAAAAACUGUGGAAACUAUAAGGGUCACAAUGUUUUGGUAUGGUUGACAUUGUGCUGAUAGAGAACAUGUAUGACUGGCCUCUGACUUGAAUACAAUGAGUAAUGAGUGUGUCACCCACUGGGUUGAAUGAGUUUGUACCCAAUAGGACAAAGACCAUGAGGCUGACUGGCCAACUGACUCUGUUUUUUUAAUAAAAUUGUGAUACACAGGUGCCUUUGCUGCUGUUGGUAAAAGCACAUCACAGUCUGGACAUCAACACUACCCUCAGUGGGCGAUCUGCAAGUGUCUCUGGACAAACUAUUUAUCAACCUACCUACCGAUCCUUUUUUUUUCCUUGCCUUUUCCCUACACCUUUUCCUUUUCUCCUGGGUUUGUUGUCUCAGUAUAUCCAACUAAAAAAAAAGAACUAUACAAUUCUGGUUAUAAGUUGAAUUUUCUGACUUGCUCUCGUCAUGAUUUUACUCUUGAUAAUAAAAAGCACAAAUGAUGCCAUGUAUAUAAUGA